CGUUUGCUGCUCUUGUUUGCAGGCUCCUUUAUAUUCCUAACCAUCGAGAACGAGGACUCGGCGCUGCUGCAUCAACAGCAUACGCUGGCAUCCACCAAGCGCAACAGCAACACCAAUGGGAACGACAACGGCAUCUAUCAGCAGCAAAGGUCGUCGCCGCAGACGACACAGCAGCAACAACAACAGCAACAACAACACCAGCUACAUCAACAACAGCCCGGACCACACUCGGACAAUGACACGGUGGCCGCUGCAGUUGCCCAGGGCCAGGGACAGGGACAGGAUCUGAGCCAUGGCGUUGAGCGUGGCGCGUAUGGUCAGGCAUCGAAUGACUUUGUUUAUGGAUUGGAUGACAACGACAUGGAUGGGGGGCAGACGCAGUUUGCCUUAUCGCCGGAUACUUAUGAUGUACGGCAGCGCACCAUUGAGAAUAUCUGGGACAUAACCGUGUCUCUCAACAUACUCUACAAGGAGAACUGGACAAAAUUAGCCGCACUUGAAAUUGCCAAGUUUCAAGACCAAUUAAUCAAGAGACUGAACGAGGAUGUUAUGCUGCAAUUAUCACACGACGAUGUGGCUGGCGGACAUUCGGCUGGUGGUGGUGCUGCUGCCCCGGCGGGGGGCGUCGGUGGCUCAGCUGGUUCAGCCAACAAUCCAGCCACAGAAGCUGUGCUCCUUCACACACACUUUCAUCAUCAUCGCCUCGCUGGCGGCGGCGGCGGCGGCGUGGGUGGACCACCACAUGAAUGGAAUUUCGCCAAAGCGUUUUUGUAUUCGCUGACCGUUUUGACCACAAUUGGCUAUGGCAACAUCGCACCUCGCACAGCGCUCGGCAGGAUCGUAACGAUGGCUUACGCCUUCUUUGGCAUCCCCUUGACGCUCGUCUACCUGAGCAGCACCGGCAGCAUUCUGGCCAAGGUGGCGCGUGAGGUGUUCUCGAAGGCGCUGUGCUGCUGCCUGUGCUCCAACUGCGGCUACUGCUGCUACGACGAGAAGCGCAUGGCCGAGAAGGAGCGCCGGAUGAAGCGCAAGCGGCAGCAGGAGGAGCUGCGCAAGCAGCAGGCCGUCAUGCAGGAGCCGUACUAUGUGCGCGACGUUUACCAUGCCACGCCCGAGAAGCAACCGCCACCAGGAGGCGGUGGCGGCGGUGGAGGAGCCGGUGGCGGAGCUAGCGCUGGCGUUGGCGUUGGCGCUGCUGCCACCUCCACUGGCGGCACACCCACUGGCAUACCGGGCCUGGGCAUGGCCGCAGCACCGCCCUCUGGCGGCACAAACGGCACGGACAUCGAUUCGCUGAGCGCCAGCGAGUCGCGCGGCUCAAUGCACGGCCUGAGCAUCCUGGCACCCAUUCUGCUCUGCUUCUCCAUGAUGAUCAUCUACAUAGUGUUUGGAGCGGCGGUGCUCUACCGGCUGGAGAACUGGCCGAUCAUCGACGGCAUCUACUUCUGCUUCAUGAGCCUCUCGACCAUCGGCUUUGGCGACAUGCUGCCCGGACUGCGUCGCGACUCGAAUGCCACCACCUGGUUCUGCUCGGUGUACAUCAUGUCCGGUAUGACGUUGACGGCGAUGUGCUUCAAUGUCAUCCACGAGGAGAUCGUCCAUCGCAUACGCAUCGUGGUCGAGUUCAAGAAGGCGGGCAGCGCCGCUGCUGUCGGCGCCGCCGGCUCCAUGCUGGAUGUCUCGCACGAGGAUGGCAAUCAGUACUAUAUGCCCGCCUCCUGACACUAUGAGAAGCGCGGCCAUCUCUAUCAGCGCAAUCCCACCGAGGAGACACUGGUGACAGACACGCCCACUUCGCUGGUGCUAAAGGAUUAUGUGAACCACGAGCUGGUGCCCAUACUGACCAUGGAUCCGAACGGCUCACGCCUGGGCCUGGCCCAGCCGGCGCCCGUCUAUGCGAAUCAAACGGACAACACGCUCGGCAGCCCGCUGCUCGACGGACAGAUCAAGCCCGGCGUCUACACGCUGGCCGAGGAAACGGAGCUCGAGCUGCAGGCCGUCCACACGGACACGCAAGUGGAGCGCGUCUAAAGGACGCGCCCAGGCCGACCUUAGCGCUUAGGUUUAGUUCUUAGUCCUUAGCCAAGUCAGUUUAAUGUGUACAAUUACCAAUACUAACGUAUUUUUUUUUUGUCUAGUAUGUGUGUGAGUGUGCGUGUGAGUGUGUGUGUGUGUGUGGGCCAUGCCCGGAUAAAUAACGAAAAAGAAAAUUCAGAAAAACCAAAUGCCUAGCCCUAAGUUUGACUAUCAUUGUAUAUACGAAAGAUGGAGAGCGAGAGAGAGAGAGAGAGAGAGAGAGAGAGAGCAAGAAAGAGAG